UUAACAACUAGAAGAAAAAAAUGACUGAAGAUAUUGAAAAAUACUUUAAAAAUCUUUUAAAAAAAAUCAAUGGUUUGUACAUUAUACAAAUUACGGACCGAGAUGGUGCACCCGUUAUGCGGGUCAGUCAAGAUAAAAAUGUAGAUUUUACUUUAACUCCACCAUUUAUAUCAACAUUUACCACAGCUAGCGAUCAAGCUGGAAAAUUGGGACUGGGGCGCAAUAAAACAAUUAUAUCAAUGUAUUCCAACUAUCAGGUGGUUCAAAUGAAUAAAUUACCUUUGAUUUUAACAUUUGUUGGGUCCGAAAACUGCAAUACCGGCCAUAUUUUAGCAUUAGAACAUCAAUUGGAUGCCUACUUAGAAGACAUGAGACUUGCUGUUAGUGAAGCUACAUAAAUGAAAAUUUCCAUACAUAUUCUUUUUUCUUUUGGUAUAAACUUUCUUCUCUUCUCAAUAAAUAUAAGAAACUAAUUAAACAUUUUCCAAAUUUUUUUUGUAAAUUAUAUAUAUAUGUUACUAUGUAUAAGAUGCUUAAAUAAGAACAAAAUUAUAUAUUAAAUAAAAAAUUUUUACUUAAAAAAUAACACAAAGAAACAACUUCUUUUUUCAAUUUUUUAUUAAAACUUUACAAGUAAAUUUCAAAAAAGGAAUGAUUACAAAUUAAAUAAAAUUGAAACUACUUUUAAGUAAAGACGACGACAUAUUACAUACAAAUGAUGAGAGAAAUACAUAAGAAU